AUGAUCUUAGUGAGAAGGAUGUUGCAGCAAGCGCUCAGAGUAUCCGGCCGGACGGCAUUCCCGCUGGUCAAAUUGAUGGAGAGGUGGGCUGAGGGUGCAGCAGCCGGUUCGGAGGGCACCAAGAUGCAGGGAGUGAAGACGCUGAACGAGAUGCCCGGGCCGUCGGUCACCAGCUUCGCCUGGGACUUGUUUGCCAAACGCGGUCUGUCACGUCUGCAUGAGUUACAGCUGGAGGGAGUCCAGCGGUAUGGACCUAUGUGGAAGGCAAGCUUUGGUCCCAUCCUGACAGUUCAUGUGGCUGAUCCAUCGCUCAUUGAGCAGAUCCUGAGGCAGGAGGGCGAGCACCCAAUGCGCUCCGAUCUUUCCUCCUGGAAGGACUACAGGAAGCUGAGAGGUCAUCACUACGGACUUUUGACAGCUGAGGGGGAGGAGUGGCAGACAGUGAGGAGUCUCCUGGGGAAACACAUGCUGCGGCCGAAGGCAGUGGAAGCUUAUGAUAAAACCCUGAACAGUGUCAUCAGUGAUCUCAUUACCAAACUUCGCCUCAGCAGACAUCCUCAGGGCCUUGUCACCGACAUCGCCAGCGAGUUCUAUCGCUUCGGCCUCGAGGGCAUUUCUUCGGUCUUGUUCGAAUCCAGAAUUGGUUGCCUGGAUCAGGUUGUUCCCGAAGACACGGAGCGUUUCAUCCAAUCUAUCAACACCAUGUUUGUGAUGACGCUUCUUACCAUGGCCAUGCCCAGCUGGUUGCACCAGUUGUUCCCCAAACCCUGGAAUAUCUUUUGCCAGUGCUGGGACUACAUGUUUGAGUUUGCAAAAGGUCACAUUGACCAGCGUCUGACUGCCGAAGCAGAUAAGGUUGCCCGAGGAGAGAAAGUAGAGGGCCGUUAUCUCACCUACUUCCUGUCGCAGACGGGGCUGCCCCUGAAGACAGUCUACAGCAACGUCACGGAGCUGCUCCUUGCAGGAGUUGACACAAUCUCCAGCACCAUGUCCUGGUCUUUGUACGAGCUGUCCCGUCAUCCAGAUGUACAGGCCACUCUCCGGGCGGAGGUGUUGACUGUACUUGAAGGUCGAAAGAUACCAGAGGCUGCGGAUGUAGCUCAAAUGCCUUUCCUGAAGUCCAUAGUCAAAGAAGUGCUCAGGUUAUACCCUGUUAUUCCUGCUAAUGCAAGGGUCAUUCCAGAAAGAGACAUCCAGGUUGGAGGCUACCUCAUCCCAAAAAAUACUUUGAUUACCCUGUGCCACUUUGCAACAUCACGGGAUCCAGUAGUGUUUGCAAACCCAAAUCAUUUCAAUCCCUAUCGAUGGCUGAACAAAGACCAGACUUAUCACCCAUAUGCCUCUGUGCCCUUCGGUGUGGGAAAACGCAGCUGCAUAGGUCGCCGUAUUGCUGAGCUGGAGCUCUACCUUGCUCUUGCCAGGAUCAUUUCAGAGUUCGAUGUGAAGCCGAACCCAGAGGGAGCUUCUGUGAAGCCCAUGACACGGACACUUCUAGUUCCUGAAAAUGUCAUCAGCCUGCAGUUUAUUGAACGGUGACCUAAUCUCCUGGAACUGAUCAGUUACGUGCCUGUGAGCAGCAACAAGCAGGACAGAACAAGCAGGCGCCGUUAUCGCGGUGCUAUAUUUCAGAAUGGCCCUUCAGCCUUCAUCCCAACUAAGACCAAAGCCCUUCUCACCUGCAGCCUGCAGGCGGACAUGUGGAGAAGGACAGAUGAAUGAAGGGUGAGGGCUGAUGGAUUAUUACAGAGGCAUUAUCAACUGGGAGAAGGGUAACGUCCAGUUUUGGCAAAAGGUGCUCAUUUGUGCAAAGGCCAGACCCAAAGAAGGGAUCUUCUGUCUGUCGUCUGUUCCGUCUGCUGUGCGGUACAAUUCAUGCAAAAUCUGGGCCGGUGUGGAAAACGGAUUGAGAAAGGAGGAGUAGGGAGAGAGUUGAAAGAUAUACAGUAAGGAAAUAAAAUCUGACGUUUGCGCCUCGCCUGACGUGUGUGCCCUCGCUACUCGUCCUUCAUUUGAUCUUUUUAGUCAUUGCUGCAUUUCUUGGAAUUUGACAGAAAUUAGUUUCCCUGAAUUUGGUAACAGUCUCUUAAAUCUGAUUAUGAACUGUGAUCGUGCACGCUCGUAGAUACGUGAUAUCUGCAGUGUCCUGAUUGUGCAAAUAUUUCAAGAGAGUUUCUAUGUACGUCCAGAAUAUCAUGAGCCGCAGAGAAUUUGGAGCUCAGAGUUCAGUCUUGCACACGGAAGAAAAAAAAAAUCUACAGAGGUGUCCGUAAACAUGAUUGUCAGUAUGUUGAUUGUGUUGAUGUGUUUUUAAAAGGUGCUUUUAUGGUGCAAAAACCUUUAGUGAUGGGUUCCUUAAAAAAAAGGCAGCUGCUAAGAUUAUGCUUGUGUAUGAAUAUAUAAUGCCACUAAAAUCCAAAAACAGGCCACUCUGUACUCUUUUCAAAUUCUUCAAUACUGUCUUUAGUUCACUGGCGAAGCUUAUCUAUUUUAUUUUUAUUUUUUUUUAUACAUCUAAACUUGAAAGAUAUUACAUCAUUUUGUAAGUAAUAAGAUUCACGAUCUGAACUUUGUAUUUAUUCUAAUUUAUCGCAUUUGUAAACUGUCACUGUAAAUGUCAAUAAACGGUUUCACGUUGAAUC